CAAAAACAGGAAAAAAAUAGUUUCCUACAAAAACAAAAAAAACAAAAACAACGUUUUCUCUCUUUGGCUUUGGCUGAUACGAAAUCGAGCUUUCUAUUUUCUCUUCCCUUUUAAAUUUUUUUGUUGUAACUACACAUGUUUUCGCCUGAAUUUGAUUGCAGGGAUCUCAAAAUCCCUAGAUCUUGCUGGUUCGUUUCGGAUGUAUUAUCAUCUGAUUGAGGCGUUUAGCAAUUGGAUCUCGAUGCCUACAUAACAGUUUCCAGCUCGAAUUGCGAAGAUAUUUCUUUAUAAUUACACUUUUCGUUAAUUUUUUUCUUUAUAUUAAAGCCUUUUUUGUUUGUUUGUUUAUUUUGAUUUUGUUAUUAGAUCGUUAGGGUUUUCUUUGGCAUUUUAGCUCGUUAGCGUUUUUUUUUUUCUUUCAAUUUGGUUCGAUGGCUUCGAAUCCUCCAUUCCAGGUGGAGGAUCACACGGAUGAAGAUUUUUUUGAUAAGUUAGUAGAUGAUGAUGAUGAUGACAGUAUGGGUCCCACUGUUCCUAAAUUCACGGAGGGUAUUGAUUCCGAUGAUACUAAAGGCUUUUCCAAUUUAUCAAUGGGAGAAGAUUCCGGCGAUGAAGAGGUUGAUAGUCAUGCUGUAAAGGAAAAAGAUCCUGUGGAUACAGGUCCAGCACAGGCCAAUGUACCCGUAGUUAAUGAGCCAAAUGAUUCAUUGGGGUUUGAUAAUAGUGUGGUCGAAACGUCUGAUCAUCUCCUAGAAGGAGAACUGUCGGAGGCUGGAUUCAAUCAGGAUUUAGGUGAGAAUGUUGGAUCUAAGAAUUCUGGGGUUAAGGAAGUAGGAUGGAAUUCACUUUUUGCUGAUUCUAACGAGAAUGGGGUGCAUGGGUUCGGUCAUUAUUCCGAUUUUUUCAGUGAUUUAGGGGAGAAUCCCAUAGGGGUUUUCCCUUCUGAAGCAGGUGAAAUUGCAAAAACGAGUUUUGUAGAUCAUAAUUCAGCUAGUACUUACCAGCAGUAUCAUGAUGGCAGCCAUGAUCAAGUUUAUGAAGCUUCUGCUGCAAAUAAUGGAAAUGAGCAAGAUUUGUAUAGCAUUGACUAUUGGGAGAAAAUGUAUCCAGGGUGGAAGUAUGAUGCAAAUUCAGGGCAGUGGUAUCACGUGGACGGUUCAGGUGGUGAUGGCAGUUGGAACACAGAUGUGAAAGCGGAGGCUUCUUAUUUGCAACAGACGGUUCAGUCUUUUGCGGGGACUAUGACAACCUUAGAGCAUGGUGCCAUGGAGAAUGUGGCAGAUUGGAAUCAGGUUUCACAAGUGAAUAAUGGUUAUCCAGAACAUAUGAUUUUUGACCCUCAAUACCCUGGUUAUUACUACGAUUUAAUUGCUCAACAAUGGUUUGCACUUGACAGCUAUAAUGCCUCUGUUCAGUCAACUGUUCAAGAUGAUGGUCAGCAAAAUCAAAAUGGAUUUGCUUCUACUGUUCAGAAUUCUCAAACUGAUAGUUCUAGUAUGUAUGGUGAACAUGGACAAGGUGAUAAUUAUGGGUCACUAGGCCUUGGAAGCCCUGGUGGACAUCAUAAUUGGAGUGACUCCUAUGGUACUUAUAAAAGUCAAGGUUUCAAUAUGUGGCAGCCUGGGACUGCUGCCAAUAGUGGGGCACUUUCAAGCUUUGAUGCAAACAAGCAAUCAGAUACAUCUUUUGGUUUGAAUAUGCCUGUGAACAACAAUGCAAGUAACUUCCAGUCAUCCUAUAAUUCUCUGCAGGAAGCUCAGUCUGUCAAUAGUGCUAAUCAGGUUCAUACUGAGGCCAAUGGGGUUACUGGGUUGCAAAGCUUUCUUCCUAGUGAAAACUUCAACAACCAGUUUAUCCAGACAAAUUUAAACCAAAAUGAGCAAGUGAAUUUCUCAAAUGAUUUCUAUGGAAGCCAAAAAUCUGUUAAUGUUGCCCCGCAGCCGCUUCAGAGUAGCCAGCCGUUUCCUUAUGCUUCCAACACAGGGAGAUCGUCUGCUGGCCGUCCUCCACAUGCACUUGUUAGUUUUGGGUUUGGUGGAAAACUCAUUAUAAUGAAGGAUGGUAGUCCUCUGCAAAACUCAUCAUUUGGUACCCAGGAUUCUGUGGGAGCCUAUAUUUCUGUUCUCAAUAUGUUGGAAGUUGUCAAUUCAAACACAAGUGUUUCUGCUGCUGCACCAGCAGCCUGUGAUUAUUUUAAUACUCUGUGCCAACAAUCCUUCCCUGGUCCAUUGGUUGGUGGAAAUGUAAGCAAUAAAGACUUGAGCAAAUGGAUUGAUGACCGAAUUGCCAGCUGUGAAUCCCCUAACAUGGACUACGGAAAAGGUGAAAAUAUGAGAAUGCUUCUCUCAUUGCUCAAAAUAGCUUGUCAGCAUUAUGGAAAACUUCGGUCUCCUUUUGGCUCUGACACUCUAUUGAAGGAGACUGAUACUCCAGAAUCAGCAGUUGCUAAACUCUUUGCAUCUGCAAAGAGGAAGGACGCAUCUUAUGGUGCUCUUAGCCACUGCUUGCAGCUAUUGCCUUCUGAAGGACAAGUUCGGGCAACCGCAAUUGAGGUGCAGAAUCUUCUGGUUUCUGGUAGAAAGAAAGAGGCUCUACAGCGUGCACAAGAGGGUCAGUUGUGGGGACCUGCACUUGUUCUCGCGUCACAAGUUGGUGAACAGUUCUACAUUGAUACUAUUAAGCAAAUGGCACUUCAUCAGCUGGUAGCAGGGUCUCCUUUACGGACAUUAUGCCUGCUAAUUGCAGGGCAACCGGCAGAUGUUUUUUCCACAGGCUCCACAAUUGAUGGCAUGGAUUUGUCUCAACAGCAUGCAGAGGUAAGGACUAAUUUAAUGCUUGAUGAUUGGGAAGAGAAUUUGGCCGUAAUAACUGCAAAUAGAACCAAAGAUGAUGAGCUUGUAAUUAUCCAUCUUGGAGAUUGCCUGUGGAAGGAAAGGAGUGAGAUAACGGCAGCACACGUCUGUUAUUUAGUUGCGGAAGCAAACUUUGAGUCAUAUUCAGGUAGUGCUAGACUUUGUCUUAUUGGAGCAGACCACUGGAAGUUUCCCCGAACCUAUGCUAGUCCAGAGGCUAUCCAGAGGACAGAGUUAUAUGAAUAUUCAAAGGUGCUGGGGAACUCUCAGUUUGUCUUGCUACCAUUUCAGCCAUACAAACUUAUUUAUGCGCACAUGCUGGCUGAAGUUGGAAAAGUUUCAGAUUCAUUAAAGUACUGUCAAGCCGUAUUAAAAUCUCUGAAAACUAGUCGAGUGCCUGAGGUAGAAACUUGGAAACAUUUAGUUUUAUCUCUUGAAGAGAGGAUAAGAAUCCAUCAACAGGGGGGAUAUGCUACGAACUUGGCUCCAGUAAAAUUAGUUGGUAAGUUGCUAAACUUUUUUGAUAGCACUGCGCAUCGAGUUGUGGGGGGUCUACCACCACCUCCUACAUCAGCAUCAAAUGGAAAUUCUCAAGGUAAUGACCAUUUCAACCAACAAACCGGGCCAAGAGUCUCAGCUAGCCAAUCAACAAUGGCUAUGUCAUCUUUGAUGCCCUCAUCUUCAAUGGAACCUAUAAAUGAUUGGGAGGGUAGGGGGGCUGAUGGUAAAAUGACAAUGCAUAAUAGAAGUGUUUCAGAACCAGACAUUGGCAGAACAACAAGACAGGUUGAUUCAUCAAAGGAAACAGGACCAUCCAAUGAACAAGGCAAACAAUCAGUCUCACCAGGGGCAUCUCGCUUUUCUCGUUUUAGUUUUGGCUCACAGCUUUUCCAGAAAACUUUUGGGUUAGUCUUAAGACCUCGCCCUGAUAAACAGGCUAAGCUGGGUGAAAAGAACAAAUUCUACUAUGAUGAAAAACUUAAGAGAUGGGUGGAGGAAGGCGCUGAACCUCUGGCCAAAGAACCAGCCUUGCCACCACCUCCAACCACUGCUUCAUUCCAGAAUGGAACAUCUGAUUACAACUUGAACUCUGCAUUGAAGAGUGAAAGUUCUCCCCCUAAUGGAAGCCCAAAAUUCCGAAAUCCAACCCCAAUAGAACAUGCUUCUGGGAUCCCUCCCAUUCCUACAAGCUCCAAUCAAUUCUCAGCUCGUGGACGGAUGGGUGUUCGAGCAAGGUACGUGGACACUUUCAACAAAGGAGGUGGUGGCCAAGCGAAUUUAUUUCAGUCACCUGCUGUUUCCUCCGUUAAACCUGCUGCUGCCGCAAAUGCAAAGUUCUUUAUUCCCAUGCCCAUAUCAACAACAAUGAGCGAACAAUCAAUGGAGGCAAUUACUGAAAAUGCACAAGAAGAGAAUGCUACUAACAAUAAUCCCAGCACUCCCACUUCCACUUCUAGUGUCAAUGACUUUUGUCAAUCUCCCAGACCUCUGCCGGCGGUGACUAGGCCAAGGUUCCCAAGCAUGGAUAACAUCCCUCAAGAAGUCUUUACGACAAAUGCCAAUGCCUAUCCAUCACCACACUCACGACGAACAGUCUCGUGGAGUGGAGGCAACUUUGAUGAUCCAUUAAGUCCUCCUAGUAAACCCGAAAUAAGACCUUCAGGAGAAGCACCGGGAAAACCUCCACCAUUGUUCAUGCCUGGUCCAGCUAAUGGUAGUUUUGGAGAUGAACAACUACAUGAGGUGGAACUUUGACCUGAAGAUUCGUCGACGAUGUAAAUAUCAAAAAGUUUUGUUCCUUGGAUCUGAAUACGAUAUUUCCGAGCAUAUACAACAAUGGCAGCAUGCACCAGUAUUAACUUUUUAACCCUCUUUACCGUCCCCCUUUUUCAGCAUUUGUAUUUUGAUAUUUUUGAGGUAAUUUUCUUAGGUUUCAUUUGGUUGGUAAAUUUUUGGAUAGAAAGGGAAACAAGAAACAGAUAGCAAAAGAAACAAAAGCAUGAAAUCAAUCAAAUGGAGUCUUAUUUAAUUGUAUUAA